GCCUGACGGACCUGCUAUUUCGCCAAGAAAGGGCAGUAGUGUCUUUCUGAGGCGUCCAGGCGUGUAUUCAUGAAGGGAUCGUCUUGAUUUAGUGCUUGUAGCUGGGGGGUGGUCACUCUUAUUUAGCAAGCUGCGGAGUUGUGGCGAACCCAUGCUCGCCGGUACUUCCCUACAAAGCAGCUACAACGCUGCUGUAAACAUCUUGAGAAAGGCUGCAAACGCUGGGUCUGUAAAGCUUGGGACGGAGCCUGUUGCAGCUGAUGUCCCUCUUCAGAGUGCACUCGACCAUAGCAGGUCUGGCUUGGAAAAGGCAAGUCAUAUGCCUGCCACACAGCAGUGGCUGAAGCCGCAGCUGGACUCCAGUGAGGGCACUGAGAAGAUGUACUCGCUCUUGGAGCAGCACAUCGAACACCCAGAAUUCCUGAAGAAGCUCGAAAGAGCCAAGGACAAGGCAGCUGCGGCUCCUGGCAAGCAUGGGGACGAGGUGCUCCACAAAGAGUGGUGGGAAGCACCCCCUGGUGGAAUCAGCACUGCUUCAGCAGAUUCUGACGGAUUUACAGAGGUGACGCGUGCUGAUAUUCCGGAAAACGAGGCACUGGAGAGCUACGUGAUGGUGCAAAAGGAUGACGUGCUUGAGGCGAUUGGCACCUUUGUGGCUGCUUAUCUGGCAGAGCUCCCUGAGGCCCAGAACCUGCCUCCAGCCCAGCUGCAAGCCGCCCUCAAGACAGCCUUCAAGGAGCUGCGCAAGGGACGGGUGCGGCGGCUGUGGGAGUGGGGCCGCACGAUCUACAGGGUGACGGCGUUCAGCUACGGCGCAUUCAGCGUGUAUGAGAACCCCUGGCUGGUCCGCGCGCUGCUGGCUGCCAUGUGGACCGCCUGCCGCAUGAUGCUGCGCGCAGGAACCGGCCUCCCCGUCUGA